AUGUUCAUCCUCGAUAGCUUCGAGUACGCGAGUGACUAUUGCGCAACCCAGAAACCUUCGCUUGAUCCUGGAGAGUGGUAUAUCGGCGGCGGGGGCACAUAUGCAACGAUCGGUGCAAGGAUGUGGUUGGCUCCCGAUCGCAUUACGAUGGUUAUCCACAAGGGAAUAGACUUUCCGACGAAGAUUACAGAUGAAUUAGAGAGCUACUCAUCCUCCUUAUUCACCUUCAUCUGUGACCCGGCACAUCUCAAGACGACCCGGGCACUGAACACGUACUCGAACGAUCGGCGUGAUUUCGCAUACCUGACCCCGAAACGACGGGUCCAAUUGACCGAGGUUCAUUCGGCCAAAUCUCCUCCGCCCACGUUUCUGCAUCUGAUAUGCUCCCCGGAACGCUUGUUGGACCUUCUGGCAGAGCGUAAGAAGCUUUUCCCGGACUGGGCCCCGGAAUGGAUUUGGGAGCCUGUACCCGAAUCCUGCAAGCCAGAAAACCUAUCCAAGUUGAUCGAGUGUGCCAGCCAGGUCGCAGUUUUUAGCCCCAAUGAACUGGAAGCCAGCGAGCUGCUCGGACACCCAAAACCACCCGGUUCGGCCCAGGAGAUCGAAGCUAUUGGCGAUUACUUCCUUCAGGCUGGCUUUCGGGCUGUAGUCAUCCGAUCUGGAAAGCGUGGCUCGUACGGCGUGGGUGCCUAUGGCUCAGAUCCACCCACACGAUUCUGGGUCCCAGCUUUAAUCCAAGAUCAGAGCCAGGUGCUCGACCAGACCGGCGCCGGUAACUCGUUCUUAGGUGGUUUAAUGGCUGGCUUGGCAUGCGGCGAAAGCUUGGUCGACGCCACCUGCUAUGGAUCCGUCUCAUCUGGCUUGACGAUCUCUCAGCUCGGCUUACCCAAGCUCACGCACCGCCAUGACACUGACCCGGAUUCAGAGAUCUGGAACGAAGACCGCUCACCAAGGGAGCUCCUCCAUCAGAUUCGCCAAAAAGUUGUCCUCGUCUCUCAGAAAUGA